AAUUACCACAUCGCUUCGAUUGCAGCGUAGGAAGCAGCUUUCUCCCGAGCAGACUGACUCGCCCUUGCCAGCGCCCCUCAGAGGGUUGCCGCCAUAAUAGUAAUACCGCCCAUCAUGGCGUUCCGAAUGUCGACGUACUCGAAUGCUUCGGCAGGUCCUCGAACAAACACCAUGCAGCAGGCCUCUUCGCAGCAGGUCUCCACCACUACACUCCUGAACGCGCUACACAGCGCAUACACCUCUGGCACAGCCUAUCCACUCGAGUCCAGCACCAGCUUGGUCGUCAAUACAUGGCUCACUGGCACUUCAGCUGGGAUUGAUGGUCGGUAUGGCGGCACUGUCGAUGUUGAGCUCGCACGGAGGGCCUGGGAGCACGCCAGACGAAGAGCAGAAGAUGGAUGCAUAAUUCUCGGCUCCCUACACCACUCGACACCUUCGCUUUUUGCCGCAUUUGUUUCUGCCUUGCCACUUUCUCUGCCAGGCACCUACUACACUGCUCUCAAUGCUUUACGACCAUUCCUCCACUGUGUCACGCCCUUUAACCCUGCCUUCCCACGAUUCUCUGCUUUUGCAGGUGUCUUCUCUCUCACCCUCACAGGCGACGUGAACGGCGCCACACUCAGUCUCUCCACCUCUGGCAUUGAUACCAAGGCAGGCCUUUUGGAUGUUCCUGCUGAGCCAGGCUACAGAGCCUUUGAUGUUUUCUACUAUCUUCUCGAAUCACAAUCAGAGCAAGAGCGAGAAUACCUGGGUCUGAAAUCGGCACACGAAUACUCCUUGCUUCGCAAAUCGGAAACAUAUGGCACUCCGGCCUACCUCCCGACUGCCGAUGAUGCGGCUGCCGCGGAAGACUUCCGAGAGUCGCUCAAGGCUAUCGGAAUCAAAGGAAAAUCGCUCCGCAGCUUACUUGCUGUACUCGCUGCUAUCCUGCGCCUUGGUGAUGCCCUGGGAUUCUUCGUAGACCAGGAGGAGCUCGAAGCCACUUGCGACGAAGUAAGCGAGCUUUUAGAUCUCGAGCCGGAAGUUCUCGCGCAGAAGUGUGCCACUGAAGAGCGAGAAGUACUUAUCGCAGCCCUGUACGAAGCAGUGGUUGAUUGGGUCCUUCUGCAAGCCAACGACGCUAUCCGGCAUGAUAUCCGUACUGGUAGAUCUUUAGGCUCCGGCACCGACAGCGAUGCUGGUGCUGCUACUCCGCCCAGCAGCCACGAGGAGGAAGACAGUGUCAGCAUCACCGUGGUGGAAAUUCCUGCCCAAAACCUGGGAAAAGCCACGACUUUGAAGACUGUCUUCGACGACAGUGUUGGUAUCAAUGCAGAGAUGAAGGCGGAUGGCGUUCCGGUGGCGCCCGCUGGGUCGUCAGUGCUUCGCGAAAUGAAGGAAGCAAUCUCGGCGAGCGGUCCGGAUCUUGGAAUUUCAAGCGGUCCCCUAGGACACGAGCACGAGUCUGCUUUGGAUCGACGACAAGGUUUACUUGAGAAGAUCGGAGCGGAGGCGGAUGGCGAGAGCUUUCUGCAUCGCAUCCUCUAUCCCAUCUCUGGUGAAGGUAUCGUGCUUGGUAAGCACGCGCGAGUGUCUCUUCCUGCAACCUUGGCCAGCAGUCGUGUAUGGUUCCAGCUCUGCCUGCACCCAAGUGAUGAGGCUCCAGCUCAAUUUGCCAAUCUUUCUCCGCAAAGUUCCCCGUGGUCCGCGGGAUCAGUCUCCAGCCAGAUUCGCUCGUGGAGGUUGCCCGAGUGGGCUAACUUUCGCAACAAGCAAUUAGAUUUCACUGCAGACUUCGAUUACGAUGAGUUUGCAGAUCGCUAUCGACCGCUUGGUUGCAUGGAUGGCCGCGAUGGCAUCGAAGCAUGGGUCACCGGGCGUGGCUGGAGCAAUGGUGAAGUUAUCCUCGGAACAGAAAGACUUUGGUUGCGUGAGAUCGCCUGGUGGGAGGCCGAGAGCAUGCUCGAUAUGAAGCCUGCAGGCGAGAUGACGAGUGGAAGCUUACUCGGCGGUCCUUUCGCCACACCUGGGAUGGAAAGCACUUACUCCCUCAACGCACCCGCAGGCACCGAAGCAGGCUACUUUGACGAAAGCAAAGACAAUUUACUCCUCGGCGACCGCGCAAGUCGCAUGGCUCCCAGCCGCCUGGGUGCACGCUCUCUAGCACCGACAAUGGCCAACACUGUACGGAGCGUCAGCGGUGGCGACUAUGGUCUUGGAAGGAAGGGCGACGACAAACGCAACUUCAUCUCCUACGAUGGCGAGGUGGAUGGCGAAUUCACGGAAGGCAAGGAAGUAAUCGUGGAGAAGACAACAUUCGGCCGUCGCGUGUGGGUAGCAGUCGUUUGGGCGCUGACCUUCUGGAUCCCUUCGCCAUUGCUCAAAUACGUCGGCCGUAUGAAGCGACCCGAUGUUCGCAUGGCCUGGCGAGAAAAGCUUGUGCUGGUCUUUUUGAUUGCUCUUUUGAACGCGCUCGUCGUGUUUUACAUCAUUGAGUUCGGUCGCCUACUAUGUCCAAACUUCGACAAAGCCUGGAGCCCAGCCGAGGUCGGUUACCACAAUACUGACACCGACUACUGGGUUUCGUACCGUGGCAGUGUCUACGACCUCAGCAAAUUCUGGCGUUUGCAGCAUUCGGACACCAACAUCGAGACCAAUGCUCAAAACAUGAAACCGUUUGCCGGCACCGACGUGUCUGGGUAUAUCGUGCCACCUCUUUUCAUCGCCUGUCCUGGUUAUGUCUCUCACGACUCUUACAUCAAGCUCACGCCCAACGCCACGUUGGAGUAUCUCUCGAUCGCCAACCACGAUUCUGGAAACAACACGCUCUUCCGCACCUCCGCCCUACUGCGCGAAGACUGGUACCCGAAUGUCUUCUUGCCCAAGAUGAAGGAAUUCUUCAAAGGAAAACUCGUCUACGAACAAAACGUUGUCCAUGACCAAGGUGUCAAUGAUAACCACCCAUGGGUGAUCAUCAACGGAAAGAUCUACGAUCUCACAGAUUACUUCAACACCCUGAAGUUGAUGAACAAUCUAGCCCAGUAUGCAUUCUUACCCGACGAUGUCAAAAAUCUGAUCCAGUCCAACCCUGGUCUCGACAUCACGGACGAUUGGAACAACAAACUGAACCAAACCACUCGGAUCAACGCCUUGAACUGCCUCAACAAUGUCUUCUACGUGGGAGAUGUUGAUUUUCGCAAGACCGCUCGGUGUCAAGUCCAGAAUUAUAUCCUGCUUGGCUUCACUAUCCUUAUUUGCGCUGUUAUCGGCAUCAAAUUUUUGGCAGCCCUGCAAUUGGGUUCUAAGCGACGUCCGGCUCAGCAGGAUAAAUUCGUCAUCUGUCAAGUCCCUGCAUACACUGAGGGUGAAGACUCCCUGCGAAAGGGCCUCGACUCGCUUACAGCACUGGCUUACGACAACAAGCGAAAGCUCAUCUGUGUCAUUUGUGACGGCAUGAUUGUUGGUGGCGGUAACGAUCGCCCAACCCCUAAGAUCGUCCUCGACAUCCUCGGCGUGGACCCCAAGACGGAUCCGCCAGCCCUUCCAUUCAAAUCAAUUGGUGUGGGUAGCGAACAACUCAACUACGGCAAGGUCUAUUCUGGACUCUACGAGUACGAAGGCAAUGUCGUCCCCUACAUCGUGGUGGUCAAGGUUGGCAAAGAGACAGAGCAGACCAAGUCCAAGCCCGGUAACCGUGGUAAGCGUGAUUCCCAGAUCAUGCUUAUGAGCUUCUUGAACCGCGUGCACCACCGAUCUCCUAUGAGCCCACUGGAGCUUGAAAUGUUCCACCAAAUCAACAACAUCAUCGGAGUGGACCCAGAACUUUACGAAUACCUCUUCAUGGUCGAUGCCGAUACCAAAGUCAAAGAAGACUCUUUGAACCGUCUUGUUGCUGCAUGCGCGAACGACGCCGGCAUCGCAGGUAUUUGUGGUGAAACUUCACUUGAAAAUGAAGAGGGCAGUUGGUGGACCAUGAUUCAGGUUUAUGAAUACUACAUCUCGCACAACUUGGCCAAAGCAUUCGAAAGUUUGUUCGGCAGUGUCACCUGUUUGCCUGGAUGUUUCACCAUGUACCGACUUCGCACCGCUGACAAGGGUCGUCCUUUGAUCAUCUCCGACAAGCUCAUCGAAGCCUACGCCGACAACAACAUCGACACUCUGCACAAGAAGAACUUGCUGUCUCUAGGUGAAGAUCGUUACCUCACGACUCUCAUGAUCAAGUACUUCCCACAGAUGUCCUACAAGUAUCUCCCAGAUGCAUACGCCCUCACUGAAGCACCCUCCACCUGGAGUGUGUUGCUGUCUCAGCGUCGUCGAUGGAUUAACUCCACCAUCCACAACUUGGCGGAAAUGAUCUGGAUCGACCACUGCGGUUUCUGUUUGUUCAGUAUGCGCUUCGUCGUCAUCCUCGAUCUCUUCGGUACUCUGAUCUUGCCCGCCACGCUUGCGUACUUGGUAUACCUGAUCUACACUGUGGCAUCACACACCGGUCCACUGCCAUUGAUCUCCUUGAUCAUGAUAGGUGCUGUGUAUGGUCUGCAGGCGAUCAUUUUCAUCGUCAAGAGACAGUGGCAGCACAUUGGUUGGAUGAUCAUUUACAUUAUGGCCUACCCGAUCUGGUCAUUGAUUCUUCCGGUUUACUCGUUCUGGAAGCAAGACGAUUUCUCAUGGGGUAACACUCGUAUCGUCAUCGGCGAGAAAGGUGACAAACAGCUUGUGGCCGUUGAUGAUGAGGGCUUCAACCCUCGAUCUAUCCCGCUUCAACGCUGGGACGACUAUGCCCUCGUCAACAAUCUUCCCGGACGUCGUGGUAUUCCACAAGAGAAAGACGGCUUCAUGGAGAUGUAUGCCGAUGCCCCAGGUCCAGGCUAUGAGAUGGAUGAUAUGCACUCGGUGUACUCGUCAGGUCACCCGGCGUCAACCAUCCUUACCGGCUUCCCUACACAAAAUCAAGCUUUCCGCCCACCACAAUCGCCUGGACCAUACAAUGCGAUGCAGCCAGCUAACCGCCAAUCGACUCUCUCUCACCUGUCUCGUUACACCGGCAACCUCAGUGAACACUUCGCAGGCACCACUCCCCGCAACCGAUCGGUCGACAACCUCCUCCAAGCCGGCGCCCAAACCCCUCCCGUGUACGGAGGGCACCAAAGCAUGACCUUCAACCGCUCGAGCAGCGCCCUCGGCCUCCAGGGCUUCCAGACCCAGGGCCCCACCAACGAGGCCAUCACCCUCGCCAUCCGCGAAUGCCUGGCCGAGGUCGACCUCGAUAAUGUGACCAAGAAACAACUCAAGGCGCUCACGGAGCAGAAACUGCAGUGCCAGUUGGGCCCCGAAAAGCAGCGCUUCUUCGACCUCCAGAUCGACGCCGAGUUGGCGAAUACGUUUUAGAUAGAUUUUCUGUCCUGAUGUGGCCUUGUAUGUUUUAUUCUUUCACCUUCUUUUCAUCCUUUUUGGACAUUUUGUUCCAAACGGCCACGGGAAAAAUCUCUCU